AUGGAUAGUGUAUCUUCAUCUUCUGCUAUGACUCGGAAGUGCAAGCCUACACUAGCUUUUUUCUCUCCUUCUUUGGCGCAGCUAGCUAUAGAAGCCCAUACUCAAAUGUGUUUUCAUAUUGCAAUAAAUGAAGGAUUCCCUGCUUCUAAUAUACACUCUGAUAUCUCAUGGCAAAUAAUCACUGAAAGCUCCAAGAUUAGCAACAGCUUUGAAUCCAAAUUAAGGGAGGUUGAAGAAAAUGAAGCUUUGAAAAUCUUCAUGAUGGAUUAUGUAUGGUCUGCUGGGCCCCAAAUACAGGGAGAGGUUGUAGCAAAAGCCAGACUCAUAAUCAAUGGUGCAUAUGGUAUCCCAGGGAAUAUGUCUCCUAAAGAAACCAAACUUGCUGUUCAGUGGUUGAUUGAUACAUGCACAUUUACUGAUGGGGACUUUGAUAUCAAAGUUGAGUGUGCUCUUAGAGCCUAUAAUAGUGGUGGUAAGAGGGUACAAGAUUUUUCAGAGGAUAUGUUCAAAGCUAGAUGGGGAUUCUACUUUGAGAAGCUCUCUACACUUCAGAAGUGUUGCCCUGGUUGGAUGACUCAAAUGAGGAAUAAUCUUUACGGAAGCAUUUUACAUUCAGCCAAUCUUCAAUAUCUUAAUCAAAAACCUCAAGACGAAGAUUAUGGGAUUGACUUUGAUGCUUUAGAGGAAACUAUGGUAGCAUAA